AUGCGUGCGACACUUCGUCAUUCUUGUACCGAGUUGAUACUUACCGAUCCUCAAUGGAGUAAUAUUGCGCUGCGGCUGUUUGUCAGCACUUGGGGCGAGUUGACGACCCCACAGCUGGUUCGUGAACUGAGUGUGAAGUGGGUGUAUAAUAGACUUUACAAACAAUGUUCUUGA